GAAUAUAAGAAUAAAUUAAUAAACUAAAAAAAAUGGCGUUUGCGGCAGCACGUAUGAUUCUAAAAGAUAAAAGGCGAAAGUCAAAAGAAGAUUUUGCUCCAAGAAAUCGUAGUAAGGCCAGGAGUGCUAGCACAAGUAGUUUUAGGAGUAUCAGUCAGGCUCGUAACAAGCCAGCCGAUGGAAGUGGUCAUGUUAACCAAAAAGGUACAUCAGGACAAAAAGCGGCCAAACCAGGUCAGCAAUGUGUUCAAGGAAAAGGUCCACAAAAACCAAAUCAAAAACCAACCGCACAAAAAGGUCAAGUUAAAACAGCACCGGCUAAAGCAGCUCCCCAAGCAAGAGAGAUCGCUACAGUCGCUCUGGUUAAGCCAGUGAAAAAACCCAAAAAAGGAUCCAGACAACAGCACGACUUAACCGUUACAAUAAAUUUAUCUGAAUAUGGCCUGACAGAAGAUCAAGUAGCAGAAUUUAAGGAGGCAUUUAUGUUAUUUGAUAAAGAUGAAGAUGGUACCAUUACAAUGGCUGAAUUAGGUGUAGUAAUGCGCUCCUUAGGACAACGACCAACAGAAACUGAAUUAAGAGAUAUGGUAAAUGAAGUAGAUCAAGAUGGUAACGGUACUAUAGAAUUUAAUGAAUUUUUACAAAUGAUGUCGAAAAAAAUGAAAGGUGCUGAUGGUGAAGAUGAAUUACGUGAAGCAUUCAGAGUAUUUGAUAAAAACAACGAUGGCCUAAUAUCAUCGAAUGAAUUACGUCAUGUUAUGACAAAUUUAGGUGAAAAAUUGUCAGAAGAAGAAGUAGACGAUAUGAUUCGUGAAGCUGAUUUAGAUGGUGAUGGUAUGGUGAAUUACGAAGUUAUUCGCGGAUUAUUAUCAUCUUGUUUCUUUUAAUAUAUAAUUUUCAUUUUGCCUUGAACAAGCGAACCUAGUGCGGACUAAUGAAAUAUCUGUAAACUGACGAAACUACUUACAUGAACAGGCCCAAAUAUUUCUGAAG